CGCGCACUGUGAGUUUUAAGUCACGUGGGUGGUGUGUUCCUCUUCCUUACUGCACAUCAACUGGGUGUGGAGGAUGAGCUCAAGCUAUGGCACGAGAAGAAAGGUCCGACAGCAGCAGCUCUUCAGCAGCUUGGUGCCGUCUGAUCCUGAAACGCAGGCAGAGAUCCAGGAUCUCUUUAACAAAGUUAAAACCUUUCAGAAGCCGGUGGGUGAGGAAUGGCGCAUCCCCGACCCUAAUGUUGCUCUCAAACACCCGGCAGAGGACCACCGACACCUGCAGGAGCUGAAGGCGUCUCUGAAUGCUGUGAAGAACCAGCUCAGUGACAAGAACAUACAAGUGUGGCACCAACACACCAAUUCCACCAACCGAGCCGGGAAGGUGAUCGCCGCCGUUCGCUCGGCUGCCAACGCGGAGAUCUGCACUCAGGCCUGGUGCAAGUUCUACGAGAUCCUGGGGACCUUUGACCUUCUGCCAAAGGAGGCGCUUCAGAACGGGGAGCUGAACUCCGUCCAUCUCUGUGAAGCUCCAGGAGCGUUCAUCACCGCUCUCAACCACUACAUGAAAACAAACGAGUCCACCCGCUACUGCGACUGGGGUUGGGUCGCCAACACCCUCAACCCGUACCACGAGGCCAACGGCGGGAGCACAACCAUCGCGGACGACCGGCUGAUCGCCAACACGCUGCCGUGGUGGUUCUUCGGCUCCGACAACACGGGGAACAUCAUGCUCCAGAAGCACCUGCUGGAUCUGCAAGUGUUUGCGUCCAACAUGCGGCRGGUCGACGUGGUGACGGCCGACGGAAGCUUCGACUGUCAGGAGAACCCGGACGAGCAGGAGGCGCUGGUGGCGUCGCUGCAUUACUGCGAGGCCGCUGCAGCGCUGCUCCUCCUGAACCCCGGUGGCUCCUUCGUCCUGAAGAUGUUCACGCUGUAUGAACACUCCUCCGUCUGCUUGCUCUACCUGCUGAACUGCUGCUUCCGCUCCGUCAGUGUCUUCAAACCCGCCACCAGCAAAGCCGGGAACUCCGAGGUUUACGUCGUGUGUUUGAACUACGAGAGCAAGGAGGAGGUGAGGCCUCUGCUCUCCAAACUGAUCCGAAAUUAUGGCCCAAGUCUGGCUGACAGAGAGGCGCUGUUCCCCAGCUCGGUCAUCCCAGAGACGUUUCUGAAGCAGCAUGAGGAGUUAUGCUCCUACUUCCACACCCUGCAGGUGGAGACCAUCGGUGAAAACCUGCAGCUGUUUGAAGGGAUGAGCACAGAGAGGAGGCAGCGGCUUGACCACAUCAGAGACUGUGUUGUGCAUGAAUACCUGCAGCGCUUCCAGGUGAGCUUUCUUCCCAGGAGCCGGUGGAUUUCCAGGAACACKGUGAGUCCCGCCUGCUGCAGCGUGUCGGCGGGCCGACCUCUGGGCCAGAAGAAGCAAACCGGCUCCUUCAACGAGCGCAAGGAGCUGCUGAACCUGAGCUGGAGGGAGCGAAUUGAGCGGAGCUGCCAGGCUGCACUGAUACAGAGUCACUGCACUGAGGACAGAGGGCUGGGCUGCGUGUUAGAAGGACCCCGCUCCAGCUGCUUUGUAGAUUCAUGGUAUGUUGUAACAGGAGCUGCACUGCCUGCAGUCAGGAACUCUUCAUUCUGUGACUCRGCGCUGUUGAACCACCUGAAUGAAGCCCUGCAGGAUGCAGCGGUGGACUGGACUCUAGUGACCCCCUGCUGCUCCUGCCGUGUUGCUUGCACUGCCUCCAUUUUGUCUGAAGCUAAAGGUGUUGAGGGGAGCAAAGAGAAGAGGCAGUGUCUGGUGUUCGACAGCCGCGCAGCGUGGGCUGCUGCUGCUGAGAGCCAAGUAGAUGAUUUAGUUUUGACGUUCAGUGAAGAGCCUUCAUUUCCCCAGAGAGGCCGCAUCCUGCUGCACGACGGCGAGCCUCUGUACCAGCAGCAGCUGCUGGGAUGUGUCCUGCUUGCCCUCCAAACCCUGAGUGCCGGGGACACCCUGCUGCUGCGGGUGUUUUCUGCCCUGACUCGAGUCACCGCCGCCGCCGUGUUCUGCCUGCACGCAUGUUUCCGCUCCAUCUCCUUCAGGUGUCCACCCCCRUCCGGCGGAGUCGGGGCCUUGCUGACGUGCAUCGGCUUCUGCCCCGAAGCGGCCGCUCCGAUGCUCCAGGUUCUCAGUGACGUGCAGAGCAGCAUCCAGCAGCUGAUUGGAGGAGAAGGAGACAAGGGGGACAACCGAACACACGCAGGUGACAGACAGGUACUGCAGUUUGUUCCCAUGGAGGAGCUGCUGAAGGGAGGACUAACGGAGUUCCUCUGGACCAUGAACUCUGAAAUCACCCAGCAGAAGCUGCACCUCCUGCUGCAGGAGGCAGCUUGCUGAGUCUAAGGCUGCAGCGGAUUAUCACUCCAGAACAAUGUGACAUGUCCGUUUUUAUUUUUCUAACACCAACAAACAGAAAAACAAAACUAAAGGUGCAGUCCAGUGGGAAAAAGUAAGUUUUACUUCUUGAAUUUAAUUAUAUAAAUCARAAUUAUGUASAGAACACUGCAAAUACACAAAAUUGUACCAAGUAAGUUUGAGAUAUACUACMAAACAAUCAUGAUGUCAAUAUUGACCUGAAUMAUUGUGAUUAUUAUUACUUUAACAUUCAGCUUGCCUUUCAUAGUUCUGAAACUGAAUUCAGYAACCAAAUUUUUAAACUGUCAAUCUUCAAAGUUGAAUCUUUCCCCAUUUUGAAUAAACGGUGAACACAUGUAUAAUCUCUAAUAAUUUUCUUUUCAAAGCAGAAAAGAUGCAGCUGUUGAUAUUAUGUUGCACCCGUUGAGCUAAUUUGUGAAACUGUUMAGUACAAAGAKUCACCUUUAUUUGAUUAAGAUUCAUAAGAGCUGAAACAAUUUGAUCAAACAUGAUAAAUGAUCAUUUGCRAUUGAUUUGAGGUUAUCUGAUCACGUCGGUGCUCCUGAUGUUUGAGCGUCCAACGUGUCAAAUUAAUUUAACCUUGUAAAUUUCUUUUACUCCUUGUCAUAUGUGAAGCUGCAGGCGAGAGCUAAAACCAAGCCUUGCAGCUUGAAAAUGCAGAUUAUUCUCAKAAGAUGAUCAGCAGAACUGAUCUGUGAUUAAACGGAGCUGAAUAAUAAUCRGUUAUAAAAUCUUCUGCACGAAACAAAGAGGCUCUGCGUUUCCCCCCGAAGUGCCUGUUGUUUUUGUUACGAUUUACUUUCUUCCCACGAUGCUAAAGAUGUUUUAGCCGUCAUGGAUGUUGACGCUAAAUUCCUGUUAACUCUUUUAAUUUCAGUUUUUUAUGCUUAGGGGAAGACRAAGCRCRCUAAUCUGUUUUAUUUAUCAUGAAAGGCUUUGUUCUUAUAGCGCUGAGUUUAGUUUAUUCUGUUUUGUAAGAGUCUGUAUAACUUAUUUUCUUAAGAAAAAAUAAAAAUGUGCACUGAAAUAAA